GCUUGUUUGCAAACGCUCACUCUGAAGUGAGGAGCUCCUCUGCAGCUUGUCUGACUCUAUGAAAGGAUCCACUGAUGCAGAGCUGCUGCCUCCUCCUCCUCCACAGGCCUCAGAUGACUGCUUGUGUUCAGCUUAUGCUGGCUGCCACCCUGUGGAUGAUGCCUGGAGGCGUCAAUGCUUAUCGCAGCAGACGUAAACCAGCAAUUUCUCCCAGAGAGAUGAAUGCCCUGCUGGAUUACCAUAACCGAGUCCGCUCUCAGGUCUUUCCUCCUGCUGCUAAUAUGGAGUACAUGCUGUGGGAUGAGGGACUUGCUAAGUCAGCUGAUUCAUGGGCUUCACGAUGCGUUUGGGAUCACGGUCCGACACAGGCCAUGAAAUACGUGGGUCAAAACCUGUCAGUCACUUCAGGAAGGUACCAGUCCAUCACAGAUCUGGUCAGGUCCUGGAACGAUGAGAGGCAUCACUUCUCCUACCCAAACAGAUGCAGUGGAUCAGUGUGCUCUCACUACACUCAGAUGGUGUGGGCGAGCACCAACAGAGUGGGAUGUGCUGUCAGGAAGUGCUCCAACAUGGACGUGUUCGGCAGCACCUGGAGGGAGGCAACGCUGCUGGUCUGCAACUACUUGAUAAAAGGAAACUGGGUGGGAGAAGCUCCGUAUAAGACUGGAAAGCCAUGUUCUCUCUGUCCAUCCAGCUACGGAGGCUCCUGCUGGAGAAACCAGUGCACACUGAACAAAAAACCCAGGAGACUUUAACACAAGAAAGAGGCUAUUAACACAACACAGUGUUUUAAUUUUUAAACUGAAAAAAAAAAGCACAACAGUUCCAGAUGUGACUCACAAAAGCUGGAUAAAUGACGCAUAUGUCUAGUUACCACUGUUACCAUUUGUACUGUAAGUACUUUAUUUAC